AUGAGUGAAGAUAUUAAAAUUGGUAAGAAAGGGAGUAUUUUAUCAUUUUUUAAAAAUACAAAAAAAGAUACUUCAAAGAACAAGGUCGCAAAUAAAGAAACACCUAUUUCCGUUGAUAUUACGAAUUCAAGUGAUGUAAUUGAUCUUGAUGACCUUGAUAAAGAUGAUAAUGAUAAAAAGAAUGAGCUAACAAACGAAGUUGUUACAACCUCUAUAGAUAGGGAGACCAAUACAGUUAGUGUACCUGAAUCAAACAACUCAGAAACUAAACAGUUGAGCGAUAAAAAGGAACCGACAGUUGAUUCGAUUGACCCCUCCGAUGAUGUUCCAGAACUAAGUGUUGACAAUACAGUAGUCACUAAGGAGGUCAAUGAAGACGAUGAAAACAGCAAAGCUAAUAAAGAUAAUACAGAAAAAGAAGAUACGAAACAAAUUGAAAAAAAGAAAAAAGCAGAAGAAAAGUUAAUUGUCAAGAAACAAAAGGAAGAAGAACGAUUGAAAUUUAAACAAGAACGAGAACAAGAAAGAUUACGACUCAAAGAACAAAAAGAAGAAGAAAAACGUAAAAGGGAAGAGGAGAAACAAAAACUUAAAGAACAACGUGAAGAAGAGAAACGCAAAAGGGAAGAAGCUAAAUUGAAGCUAAAACUAGAACGUGACUUAGAACGAGCCAAAAAGGAAGAAGAGAAACGGAAAAAAGAAGAACAAAAGAAGAAAGAGGAAGAAGCUAAAGAAAAAUCACAAUCUCGUAUUGCUAAUUUCUUCAAGAAAGUCAGCGAUAAAAAUAAACCUGAAACCUCUAAAUCUGAUUAUGAAUCAUCUUUUUUGCCAUUUUAUACCAGAGAUGGUGUUAUAAUGCCAAUUACAAGCAUUACUUCUAAGGAUGAGAUUAAAGACAAAAUGAACGCAAUUGAUGAUAUGCUGAAUCAACCUAUUACUGAGAAUAACAUCAACAAACAAAAAUUAUGGUUAUCUUCUCGUCAAACGUCCAGAAAUAAAGGCAUAAGUUACAAAGCAGUUACUUUGUUACAACAAAUGACAGCUAAGGACAAAAGUGAUGAAGAAUUACAAGCAUUAUUAUCUUUGGUGCCUCAAAAAUAUAUUAAAUUUUAUGAAAAUGUUAGACCGCCCUACAUUGGAACAUAUUCAAAAGAUACAAAAUUACCAAUUGAUAAUCCAUUCUCUACAGAAGGUACUAAUUAUAAUUAUUCAUACGACUCUGAUCUUGAAUGGGUAAACGAAGAAGAAGAUGCUGAUGGUGCUGGAAUUGAUAACCUAGAGAGUGGAGACGAAGAAGACGACGAGGAUGACGACGAAGAAGAAGGUAGUGAGAAUGAGUUUGAUGGUUUCUUGGAUAAAGAAGAAUCUGGCAACUCGGGAAACAAUAAUAAGAAGUUUAUCGGACCAUUAAUACCUACUGUCCUUCUUCGUGUUAAUAUCGAAAGCAUGGACGGUGAUGACAAGCAAUAUUUCAAUUUAACAUCUGCUGAAUCACUACUAGCUGAUAUGACACUCCCAAUCGAACCGCAUGAAAAAAUACGAAAUGCUACACAAUCGAGAGUUUCGGCUAACACUUCUCCAUCUAAAAGAUUAGCAGAUGCAUUAGAUAAUAACCCAAAUAAUAACGGCUCUUUAGAGAGUCCCGAGAAGAAAAAAGCCAAACUAUUAAUAACCGACCCUAAGGAUCUUUUGAAAUUGUUUGAUGAAAUUCAAGAUAGUACCUUCUCAUUAGGAACUGUCACUGAAAUAUCUCAGAAGAGUCUACCCAAUUACAAUAAACAAACAAUUAAGAAUACUGUUAAAGAAUAUGCUAUUAGGGGUUCAGGAAAAGGUGAUAGCCCUCGUAAAUGGCAAAUAAAGGAUAUAACUCACUGGGAACAAUUACGUAGUAGCGUAUGA